AUGCCGCCCUCGCAGCCACAGCAGCCGCCAAGCCACCCAGAGCACACGCAGGGCCGCCGCCCCGCAGCACUGCGCCCACCUGUGCACUGCCCGCAGCCCCGCCUCCGGCCCUCAGCGCCCGCUGCACCGAGAUGGAACUGCGCCGGUGCAACCAGCAGCAAGGACGCCCGCCACCCGCCGACCCCGUCGCCACCCUCACGGCCGAAGGAGUCGACGACCGAAAGCAGCCGCGCCACCAGCGCGAAGCCUACCUCGUCACCCACCGCCGACCCGAGGCCGCCGCCCCAACGUCCAACCUCCAUCGCCUGCGCUGCUAGCAACCCGAGGGUCCCCGCCGCCCUUAGGGAAGUAGGGCCCGCCGCCACCGCGGUUGAAGCCAGCGGCAGCGGCGGCACGGCGCUCUUCCGCGGGUCUCCUGCGCUGCUUGGGGAUUGGUGGUCCAGAGGUGCCCGCGGCAUGAUCGGGCCCUUGCCAUGA